AUGAAAAAAAUAAUGUUCUCGAAAUUUUGUUUAAAUAUGUCUCUUGAGGAGUUGAACGUGUGGGACGAGGAUUGA